UGUUGAUAAAUUAAAACUUCGACUGUUUCGAAUCUCUCUUGGGUUUAAAGCCAGUGAGAGUCCCAAUUCCGUCCCAGAAUCCUAAUAACGAUUCCGACAAAAAAGAAGAUGGCUCCAGCUGCGUCUAAGCUUUACGCAGAUGAUGUUAGCCUAUUGAUGGUGCUAAUCGACACCAACCCAUUUUUCUGGAACUCCAUCAAUACAAGUCUUUCGUUCUCCAAGUUUAUCUCCAACGUACUGGCGUUUUUGAACUCAAUACUUUUGUUAAAUCAGCUAAACCAAGUUGUAGUAAUUGCGACAGGGUACAAUUCCUGCGAUUACAUUUUUGAUUCCUCAGCUUUACAGAAUCAUAACCAAAAAGGGGAGAGUCUGCUGCAGAAAUUGGAGGAGUUCGUGGACAAAGACGAGUCGCUGUGCCGUGAUGACUCAGUUGAUGGACCCGGCUUUUCUCUUCUGUCUGGCUCCCUCUCCAUGGCUCUCUGCUAUAUACAGAAGGUGUUUCGAUCAGGGCCACUUCAUCCACGGCCUCGGAUUCUAUGCUUGCAUGGAUCUCCAGAUGGACCUGGACAAUAUGUUGCAAUCAUGAAUGCAAUUUUCUCUGCUCAACGCUCAAUGGUGCCUAUAGAUUCAUGUAUAAUAGGAGCUCAACAUUCUGCUUUCCUGCAGCAGGCUUCCUAUAUAACAAGUGGCAUAUAUCUGAAGCCUCAACUUUUGGAUGGGCUUUUUCAAUAUCUCACGACCGUUUUUGCAACAGAUCUGCAUUCUCGCAGCUUUUUACAACUUCCUAAGCCUGUGGGGGUGGAUUUCCGUGCAGCGUGCUUUUGCCACAAAAACACAAUUGACAUGGGCUACAUAUGUUCUGUGUGUUUGUCGAUAUUCUGCAAGCAUCACAAGAAAUGUUCAACUUGCGGGUCAGUCUUUGGUCAGGCACAAACACAGGAUUCGUCCACGCCUGAUCGGAAGAGAAAGACUUCAGUCGAUAAUUGAAAUAAGUUUUAAAGGCGCCGCAUCAAAUUUCGUGGACCAUGUAAUUCUCUCUCUUGACUGUACUUUUUGUAGGUUCAAGUCAUUUGCCGUUUCCGGGCAUCCUCCUUUGAUAAUACUAUUUGGUUUUAAAUCCUUCAGUCAUUUGACAGAUACCAUUUUGUUUCUGUUUUGAAGUAACAGUGUUUAUUCAUUUCCUUUA